AUGAGCGAUAGACACAUGUCGAGUAUUUUCCCCGAAUGCGAUCAGUUGAAACAGAUUUACGAUAAAUGCUUCACCGAAUUCUUUCAAAAGUUUAUAACACCAAAUUAUAGACAUCAGUAUGCUGUGAAUCCGUGUGAAAGGUUUCAUGAAGUUUACAAGAGAUGCGUCGAUGAGAGACUUGCAAAGCAGAGGCCGUUUGAAAUCGAUUUGGAUGAAAUCCGAAAAGAAUACUUGAAUACAGAAGAUGACAAGCUGAAAAGUCGGCAAAACAGCUCUACACCAUCUGAACAAAAAUGA